UUUCCGGUGCAUGUGUCAAAGUUAAGACAGGUCAACGUGCCCUUCCACACGUGUUUUGCGUAAUCUACUAGAAGCCGCUCCUACAGUGAGUUAUCCGACCAUCGCAGAGGCGUCAGACUUAUUUAUUUGUCUUUAGAUACUAUAAUAUUUAUAUACAACUAUGCUAAAGUCAGUUGUCCGCGCUGUGGGAGCCGCUGUCCGCGUCUCUUCACUCACCGCAACCACAGCCCGAUCUUUACCUAGCAGCUCCGCUAAGCUGUGCGCUCCAAGCUCGGCAACAGCUCGGCCCUUCACGCGGUCUCUGUGGAUGCUGAACAGCAGCGGGGCGUCGGACCGGCCCAAACUGUUCAGUUCUAAGGUCUUCAAUCCAUCGGUGUCGUGUGGCUGUGGAGGACUGCACACAGAAGGUGACAAGGCCUUUGGAGAGUUCCUCGUUGAUGAAAUCAAAGAGGAAAGGAAAAUCCUGAAAAACAAAUCCCUCCCCAAGAUGUCUGGAGGAUGGGAACUGGAGAUGAAUGGCACAGAAGCAAAGCUCAUAAGGAAUGUGUCUGGAGAAAAAAUUACCAUCACAUUCAACGUCAAUAACAGCAUUCCACCUAACUUUGAGGAAGAGGCAGAACAAGGGGAACAGAAGUCAGCAGAUGAAGAGCCAGAAAUGGUGUCCACACCAAACUUUGUCGUUGAAGUAACAAAACAGGCUGCAAAACAUUCCCUGGUGUUUGACUGUCAUUUUCCUGAAGAUGAGAUGAGUCACGGUGAAGGAGAGGAGGAGAGCGACAUCUUUGCCAUCCGUGAGGUCAGCUUCCAGCCUGAGGGAGAUUCAGAGUGGAAGGAAACCAGCUAUACGCUGAACACAGACUCUUUGGACUGGGCUCUGUACGAUCACCUGAUGGACUUCCUGGCUGACCGCGGGGUCGACAACACCUUUGCAGAUGAACUGAUGGAGCUAAGCACGGCAAUUGAGCAUCAGGAGUACAUCAAGUUUUUGGAAGACCUCCAAGGCUUUGUCAAAUGUAACUAAUGUUAAAUGUUUGUUUGCCAGAAUGUGUACAGAAGAGAGCUUGGAUGUAAGACUAAAGCACUGAAUGGGAUUCUAGCGGAUUAAUUGUCUCAGAGACCAUGACCUUCUGUGAGCACUUGUCACAAAUGCCCGUUUUGUUAAAAUGUGACUGUUUUUCUCUAACUUAACUCAAAGAUAAUAGUAUUGUUUAAGUAAAUAUGAAGACCACAGAUGUUUCAGGUCCUGUCAGUUUACACACAUCAUCACUGCAAGAAAUGCCUCAUAAUUUUAGACUUCUCUUUUACUUGUGAUUGUUUAAAACGGUCUAGUCAGCAGAUGUCCAUCACUAUUGAACCUGUAUCAAGAUCUUACAGAGGCAGAGAGAAUAGGUCAAGAUGUGAAAACAAAACAAUUCAAAAUGCCAAAUUCUCCUGUGACACCUUUUUGUAAAACCAUGCAAUCCUACGUUGAGUCUUACUUCCAUCUGGCUUGAUGGGGUGGGGCUGACAAAUUGAUUUGACUGUUAGACAAGACAAAAGUCUGAAUUUGAAUCACAUGUAUCAUUCAGUCAGUCAGUAAAAAGUGUCCAAUAAAACUGUUUGAUACAAAAGUCAUUAAAAUCUCAAGCCUUCAUAUUUUGUAGG